AUGGAUCCCAACUGCUCCCAUGCCACUUGUGGCUCCUGCACCUGCGCUGGCUCCUGCACCUGCGCUGGCUCCUGCACAUGCAAAGAGUGCAAAUGCACCUCCUGCAAGAAGAGCUGCUGCUCCUGUUGCCCCGUAGGCUGUGCCAAGUGCACCCAGGGCUGCAUUUACACAGGGGCAUCAGACAAGUGCAGCUGUUGUGCCUGA